UUCCAGCGUAGAUGUGCAUCUAUUUGACUUGAAGAGAUGCACAUAUAUUUUACUUACACUAGUACAUCUAUACUAAUAUAUUAAAAGGUGUGCGAGACACCGUCGAUGCGCCACGUGGCACCCUCCUCUUAUCACCAGAAUUUGCCACAUGUAGCUGAGUCAAGUGUGUCAUUAUUUAAAAAAAAAAAAAUUCGCUUAAGUCCAGAUUCGAACUACUGACUCAGUAGUGAAGAAACCCAAGUGCUUCACCACCUGAGCUAACCUUCUUUGUUGAUUUGUGUUUUCAUAAAUUUAUAGGUAAGGGUUUAGUUAAUAAUGUCAGUUUCAAUACUUACUUCCAACUUUCCAAACUUCCAUUCAUCCCCUCCAUUUCCCUUUUGAAAUCCACCAUGAACAUUAAAGUGUUCUUCACCUUCGCAAUUAAUGGCUUCCGAAUAUUUGCUUCUAAUCCACUCUUAUUAUUGCUGCUGGAGAAUACGAAACAAUCAAUGGAGUUCAAAGGUCGGAUUUUGGAGGGCAACAUCAUAAAGAGGAUUUUUGCAAUUACUUAACUUUGCAAGGAACUUUGGGUGAAUAUUAAACACACUAGAAAUCAACACACUUUUGGAUUCAUCAAAAGAAAUUAGGUAUGGAUACAAAAGAUCAAGCAAGACACAAUAGACUACUACGACGCUUCAUUCUCAUACAAAGAAGAAAUAGAGCCACAAAUCUUAGCAUGAGCCAUAAUAUAACGACAAAUUCAAGACCAAAGCAUCUACCAAUCAGGUGGACAAAUGCACCUAUGCCCUCAAGAUUGAUUGAGGUGCAAAGAGCACACCAACCUACAACAUUGACAGGGGAGACAAGUAAAGGAAUCAAUAGUGAGAUUGGUUCAAGUACGCCAACAAGACGACGUACAAGAACUGACAAUAGAGAAUCCACAUCUUCUUCAAGACGUCGAGUCAAUUCUCAAGUACCACCAGAUGAAACUAUGAUGUCUACUAAUGAAACACAAUCUGACACACCCAGUCACACCCCAACGACCUUAACUAGAGUGGAUGGUAACACCCAACAAACAACUACAGAACAAGGUGAAACAUCAACAACACAUGUACUGCUUCAAAGAAAGUACACAACACCAUGGAACUUUGGUGGCCCCAAACAUUUCUGCCUAGAUUGCGGUGCAAGGGUUUGGAUAGAGGAACGAGUAAAAAGAGAGAGGGCCAAAGACCAUCCGAAGUACAAUAUUUGCUGCCAAAAAGGAAAAGUCAGACUGCCGUUGCUUAAAGAACCACCCCAGUACUUAAAGUCGCUCCUUGACCCUAACAGUGGGACAUCAACGAAAUUCAAGGAUUGCAUUAGAGCAUAUAACUCUAUAUUUGCAUUCACAUCAAUGGGAGGGGAAGUAGACAGGAAAAUUAAUCGAGGAAGGGGUCCUUAUAUAUUCAGAAUCCUUGGUCAGAACUAUCAUAAGAUUGGGUCUUUGUUACCACCUGAUGGAGAACAACCAAGAUUCACCCAGCUCUAUGUGCAUGAUCCAAGUAAUGAAGUAAGAAACAGGAUUAGCUCAUUGACGAACAAUGCCCCAGGUGAUCUCGACCCCCAAAUAGUUGAGGGCCUUUCGAGAAUGCUAGAUGAGCACAAUGAACUAGCUAAAGUUUUCAGAAUGGCUAAGGAACGGUUCUCCGGUACCGAUAUGCAACCUGUGCAGGUUCGGUUAAUUGCUACCCGUUCUAAAGAUGGUAGACAAUACAACCUACCAAGUAGCAAUGAGUUGGCAGCGUUGAUUGUGGGUAACAAUGACAAUGAAAGAGGGCCCCGAGAUGUGAUAGUAGAAGAGAAAAGUCAUCGUCUCCAAAGGAUAUCAGAAAAUCACCCAAGUUUCAUGGCCCUACAAUAUCCACUCCUUUUUCCAUAUGGAGAAGAUGGGUACAGAAUUGACAUCCCACACAAUGAUUCCCACGUCACAACUCGAAAAAAAAAAACAACUGUCACCAUGAGAGAGUAUUAUGCUUUCCGCUUUAUGGAAAGACUAAAUGAGGCUCGCACACUGAUUCUUUGUGGCCGUUUACGUCAACAAUUGAUAGUCGACGCAUUCACAUGCUUGCAACAAGUGAGGCUGGAUUUUAUACGCAACAACCAAACGACAAUUAGAAAGGAUGUCCUUUGCGGGUUGACUGAUUCUGUGUCCAGAGGGGAUACAACACCAGCUUCAAUAGGGCGCCGAGUUGUCUUACCCUCUUCAUUCACUGGAGGUCCUAGAUACAUGGUGCAAAACUACCAAGACGCGAUGGCCAUCUGCCGAUGGGCUGGACCACCUGACCUAUUCAUAACAUUUACAUGUAAUCCGAAAUGGCAAGAGAUUACAGAAUUCCUAGCAAGCAUACCUGGACAACGACCAGAAGAUCGCCCGGAUGUGGUGGCUCGAGUUUUUAAAAUCAAGCUUGAUGAAUUAAUAUGCGAUCUCACUGUGAGAGAACACUUUGGAAAGACACUGGCAGUCAUAUACACCAUUGAAUUCCAAAAGAGGGGAUUGCCGCAUGCACACAUUCUACUCUUCUUAGAUUCAGAAGAUAAGCCCUCUACACCUGAAGACAUAGACAAAAUCAUAUCUGCAGAGCUACCAGACCCGAAAAAUGACCAUUUGGGAUAUGAAAUAGUGGUGCAAUCAAUGAUGCAUGGACCUUGUGGAUCAAUGAAUGAAAAAUCUCCAUGUAUGCAAAAUGGCCAAUGUUCCAAAUACUACCCAAAAUCGUUUCAGGCAAAAACAACGCUCAGUGAAGAGGGUUACCCAAUUUAUAUGAGGCGUGAUAAUGGUCAAACGGCGACCAAAAAUGGUCAAACUUUGGACAAUAGGUCUGUCAUCCCUUACAACAUCGACUUAUUGGUGAAAUUUCAAGCCCACAUUAAUGUAGAAUGGUGCAACAAAGACCAGUCGCUGAAAUACCUGUUCAAGUAUAUGAACAAGGGGCCUGAUAUGGCACUUGCAAGGAUUGAACAAGUUACAAAUAAUGAUGAUGGUCGCACACAUAAUGAACAAGAGGAAGUCAUAGAUGAGAUUAAGGAUUACUUGAAGUGUAGAUAUGUGUCUGCCUCUGAAGCAUGUUGGCGAAUUUUUGCAUUCAAUAUUCAAUAUAAGGAUCCCCCAGUACAACGACUAACCUUCCACCUAGAAAAUCAUCAGGAGAUCAUUUUUGAGGACCAUGAGCGCUUAGAUGACGUCCUCGAAAGAGUCGGGACAAAGAAAACAACACUUACAGAAUGGAUGACAGCUAAUAAGGAAUUUGAAGAAGCGCACGAAUUGACAUAUGUAGACUUUCCGACAAAGUGGGUAUGGGUGAGUGAGAAGAAAAAAUGGAAAAAGCGAGAACUGGGAAGAAGCAUUGGAAGGAUUUACUUUGCUCACCCCGCCUCUUGA